CGGCAACAGAGUUUGUCGCGACAUCCGAACUGAGCACAUUUUAAUGCAACUUUGGUACAACUUUGGUAGUUCCCUGACCUAAGCUCCCAACAAUGAAUGGCAGAAGCACAGCAGCUCUCCAGAGCGUGUUAUCAUCGGCCUGGCAGCAGCCCCCUCGCCGCAUCUGCCAUAUCCGACGAGUCCGGCGAGUGCCGCAACUAGCCGGCAGAUGGCUGUGCAGCACGCCGGCCCGGCACACAGACGGCGUGUUCCGCGGCCUGACAGACACCCGGUUGUCAAUACCCUGGAUCGAAGCUUGGAGACUCCAAAACGAGGGCAAGAGCCUGGCUUCGCUCGAGGGGCUACCCAAGGAACGCGAUCUCUCACCUAAGAAGAUGAGCGACAGCUAUCACCGUGUGAUCCUCCCUCUUGGGCGCGAUCCGUGGCUUUCUGACACCUACAUUAACUCAUCAGGCCACAUUCGUCUUGGGACAAUCUUUAUGGACCUGGACGCCUUGUCGGGCAUCAUCGUGUACAAGCACACCGGGCCUGGCGUGACUACAGUCACGGCCGCAUUGGACCGUAUCACCAUCGCUCACCCGCUCACCGAGAUCUGCGAUCUGGAAUACAGCGGCCAGGUGACGUAUGCAACGGGCAGGAGCAGCGUGGAGAUCACCUGCAAAGUCGCCAGGGCGAGAGGCGAAGGCGAGUCGAGCAAGCCCGAAGACGUCCUCCUAACGUGCACCUUUACUAUGGUUGCCCUGGACUCCGUCACCAGGAAACCCACCAACAUCCCGGGACUGAUCUGCUCCACGCCCGAGGAGGAGAAGAUUUUCAAGACCGGGGAGGCAAAGUCUCUGGCGAUGAAGCAGAUGGUCAAGAACUCCCUCCUCCAGCAGGAGCCCAAUGACGCCGAGUCGACUUUGAUUCACAACAUGUGGCUGAAGUCGCUCGAGUACCACGACCCCAACAAGCCGCUAAGGCAGCCCCAAAACGUCGUAGCCAUGGCUGCCACGAGGCUGUCGACCGCCUCCAUCAUGCAGCCGCAGUACCGCAACCGGCACCAGACCAUGAUCUUCGGCGGCUACCACCUGAAGCAGACCUUUGAGCUGGCCUUCUGCUGCGCGUCCAGCUUCGCCCACGCUCGCCCCACCUUCAUCAGCGCCGACCCCUGCACUUUCCACAACCCUGUACCCGUCGGCAGCGUCCUCUACCUGACCGCCACCGUCGCCUACACGGACCCGCCGCUGCUCGAGGACGACGGCAGCGAGCCGCAGCAAAAGGACCCCAACAAACCCAUCACCCGUGUCCACGUCCGCAUCGACAGCAAAGUGAGAGACGUCGAGCACGGCAACGCUAAGCCGACCGGCCAGUUCAACUACACCUUUUCCGUUCCCAAAGACCUCAAAGUUAUGCCACAUACGUACCAGGAGUACAUGGUGUAUGUUGAUGCGAGGCGGCGAGUGCAGGCCGGCGACCUGCAGAAACGCCAAGACCCUGUCGGUCUUAAUGAAGACCAGGAACGCCUCGUGGGGAGUGCUAAUAUCACUGAAUAGAUUUGCACUAGUCUCUUUACGUAGAGGCUGCAGUUGAGGAACUAUGACCUAAGUUUAGCAGAAGUGUUGCCAAACAUUGUCGUUCUAGGUCUUCGAAGAGCGGAGGAUGAAGGAGUGACGUGGUGAAUGGAAAAGGCACGGGCCGCUUCAGGCUAGGAUGAGUCAGCUUCGGACCGGAUUUUCUGCGCUUCCAUAUAAGAGCGUGAUCAGGGCCUCAAAUUGUAAGAUCAUCAUCAAUUACGCAGACUUACACGGAUUUACAAGCAGC